AUCCCACCGUGCCGCCUUCCCAAGCGCCUCCUCCAAGGCCCUGAGCAUGGACGGGGACGAUGAGAACUUGUCUCUGCUAACCUCACUGCUUAAGGAGAACCAGGGGGCUAUGAAUGGUUACCCCAAUGGAGGUGACCUCUGGGCCCAGGCCGAGGGCGGCCCAGAUGCCUUUGAUGAGCUCUUUGAUGCCGAUGGGAGUGGAGAGUCCUACACGGAGGAAGUAGAGGAUGAGACCACCAAAGAGCAGAAGGAAAACGUGGCUUACCUGUUUGGGGACUUAACAGAUGAAGAAGAAGCUGCUCCACCAACUGCAGACGGAGCUCUGGACCUAAGGAAAACCAACCAGGAGUUGCAAGAUGAACUAAGGACGUUGCAAAAGCAAAUGACGUGCUUACAAGAGAAACUUAGAGUAGCCAUGAUCACAAAACCUGCACAUCAAACUCCAUUCCCAGGAGACCGAGCUCCACGGCCCCCACUCAAGGAGAAAAGAGUGCAGAGAAUCCAGGAGUCCGCCUGCUUUUCUGCAGAGCUUGAUAUUCCAGCUCUUCCCAAGGCCAAACGGGUGGCUCCGUCCCCCAAGAUGGUCCUCAAAACUCCUGCAGGUCCUGGAAGCUCAUCCUCAAGGGUGGCGGCUGUACCUGCCCAAAGCACUCCCGGGAACAAGCCUGACAGAGGGCGUAGAGAUCAGUGGACAGAGUCCCCCAAGGCUUCUGGGGAGGCAACCGAGCAGGUCUCCUUGGAAACCUACUCAGGCCUGCGUCUCCGGCGGCCUCGCGUGUCCUCCAUGGAGAUGAGCAGGAAAAUGGCGGGCCGGAAACUGAUUCGACUGUCCCAACUCCAAGAAAAGGUGGCCAGUGAGAAGCUGGAGGAGAUAGACUGGGUGACCUUUGGGGUGAUCCUGAACAAGAUCACCCCCCAGAGCUGCAACAGUGGGAAGACCUUCAGCAUCUGGUACCUCACUGACCUCCAUGACCUGACUCGACGUGUGUCACUCUUCCUGUUUGGGGAAACCCACAAGCAGCUCUGGAAGACGGCGCAGGGCAGCGUUGUGGGGCUGCUCAAUGCCAACCCCAUGAAGGCUCGGCACAAUUCGGAGGAGGUGUGCCUGAGCAUCGACCACGCUCAGAAGGUCUUGAUCAUGGGGGAAGCCCUGGACCUGGGGAAGUGCCGAGCAAGGAAGAGGAAUGGGGAACCCUGCACCCAGAUUGUCAACCUGAGGGACUGCGAUUACUGCCCGUACCACAUCCAGGCCCAGUACAAGCGGCUCAGCGCCAAGCGUUCGGACCUGCAGUCGAGCUUCUCGGGAGGGCGCGUCCCCAAGAAGUUCAUCCGAGGUGGUGCCAGCCUGAAGGCGAGACUGUGCCAGGAUGGCUUCUACUACGGGGGUGUGUCUUCCGCUUCCUAUGCCGCUGCCCUAGUCCCUAAGAAGCAGGUCCAGACCACUCUGACCAACCUGGUGGUGAAAGGCUCAGACGUGCUCCUCCAGGAGACACGGAAGAAACUCGAAGCAUCAAAAGGCUUGUGCUCAGAUGAGUUCAGGGAGCUGAUGGAUUUGCCGACGUUUGGUGCCCGGAACCUAAAGCAGCAUCUGGCAAACGCCACGUCAGGGGCCCCGGGGAGCUCGAGGCCAGCAAUCCAGUCCAUCUCAGCGUCGGCCCUCUUGAAGCAGCAGAAGCAGCACAUGCUGGAGAUGAAGAGGAAAAGGACAGAAGAGAUGAGAAAACGCUCUCUCCAGAGCUCCGGAGAAUUUGAGAGCCCGGCAGUUCCACCCCCUUCUGGGUUCAAGUCCCUGCUGCAAGGAGCUUCCAGGCCACAGCUGGGCAGAGGCCUCUUGGUGGGAGCCGAUGUUCUCCUGGACAAUAAUUCGCCACCACCUAAACUGAAGUUGGGCGCCUUAGCAGAAGCCAAAAAGUUAGCUGCUAUUACCAAAUUAAGAGCCAAGGGCCAGAUUCUCACAAAAACCAACCCUAACACUAUUAAGAAGCCACCAAUGGACCCGAAGGCUGUUCUUCAAGUGAAGGACCGUGUGGAAAAGAACAUCGUUGCGGGGGCUGCUCCAGCUGAGGAGGACUUGGAGCCUGCCAGGAAAAAAAGGAAAGAACAGCUGGCCUACCUGGAGUCUGAAGAGUUCCAGAAAAUUCUGAAAGCCAAAUCACGGCACACGGGCGUCGUGAAAGAGGCUGAGGCUGAGCUGCAGGAGAGAUACUUUGAGCCACUGGUGAAAAAGGAGCAGCUGGAAGAUAAGAUGCGAAGCAUCCGUGAGCUAAAAGUCCGCGUGGUGACAUGCCGCACAUGUACCUACACCCACUUCCAGCCUCGGGACAGCUGCAUCCGUGAGCGCCACGACUUGCACUGGCAUGAGGCUGUCAAGAGGUUCUUCAAGUGUCCCUGUGGGAACAGGGCCAUCUCGCUGGACAGGCUCCCCCCAAAACUCUGCAGGAAAUGUGGCCUUUUCAAGUGGGAACGGGAUGGGAUGCUGAAGGAAAAGACGGGCCCGAAGAUUGGGGGAGAGACCCUGCUACCACGGGGAGAAGAGCAUGCCAAGUUUCUCAACAGCCUCAAGUAACCCUGCGGGGACC